UCUUUAAACUAUGAGGGUGAAAGAUUGUUACUGGCAUUUCAGAAUUAGUUAUGUUAUACGCUUUGAUUUUGUUGGUGUUUAAUUUUUUGCGUGUGGAGUACUUGUGCAUGCAUUAAUCAAGUGUUGUAGAUUUAUAAAACUAUAAUUUUUUUUUUAUUAUUAUAACUUUUUUUUUUAUUAUUUAAGAAGUUACUAUUAUAUUAUUGCUUUCUUGAUAAAUAGGUGCAUUCAAAAUAGGAGCAAGAAGAUGAAGAAGAUCCAAGUUUCAAGAGAGAAUAUACAGCUUCUAUUUGUGAAGGCAAAGCCAUUCUUGGCUGUAAUAUUCCUUCAACUUGGCGUCGCCGGUCUCGACAUCAUUUGUAAAGCAGCAUUAAACGAAGGGAUGAGCAGUUACGUCUUCGUCGUCUACCGCCACGUCAUCGCCACCGUUUUCAUUGCCCCUUUCGCUUUAGUUCUUGAGAAGAAAAUUAGGCCAAAGAUGACUACCUCUGUAUUUGCCAAGAUUGUGCUUCUAAGUCUGUUGGAGCCGAUUAUAGACCAAAAUCUCUACUUCUUGGGGAUGAAAUACACUACCGCGACGUUUGCAGCUGCUAUGGGUAAUGUUCUUCCAGCCAUCACAUUCAUAAUGGCAUGCCUUUUCAGGCUGGAGAAAGUGAAGUUCACGAGUAAACAUAGCCUGGCAAAGAUGGUUGGAACUUUAACCACGGUUACUGGAGCCAUGAUCAUGACCCUAGUUAAGGGCCCACAUAUUCAUCUCCCGUGGAAUAAAGAAGGAUUAAGCAACAACAACCAUAGUACACAAAAAGGCGAAAUUAGUUUCCACCAUUCGGUUACGGGUGCGAUCAUGAUCGCGAUUGGAUGCUUAUGUUGGGCUUGCUUCAUGAUCUUGCAGGUGAUUACGCUGCGCGCAUAUCCAGCCGAACUCUCUCUUACGGCUUGGAUAUGCGUGCUAGGAGCCGUUGAAGGAGGAGUAGUUGCCCUAAUAAUGGAGAAUGAUAAAUUAGCUUGGUCCUUAAAAUGGGAUAUUAAGUUACUAGCUGUUGCAUAUAGUGGGAUAAUAUGCUCGGGUAUCGCGUACUAUGUACAAGGAGUAGUACUAAAAGAAAGAGGUCCGGUUUUCGUUACUGCAUUCAGCCCGCUAAGCAUGGUUCUUGUUGCUGUUUUGAGUUCUUUUAUUUUGUCGGAGCAAAUGUACCUAGGAAGGGUGAUUGGAGCAAUUAUCAUAAUUAUGGGGCUUUACUUGGUAAUAUGGGGUAAAAAGAAAGACUACAAUUCCCCUUGUAAUAAAGAACAAGAAAUGCAGGUUAAUCAAAGUGUUGAUAUGAAUGCCCAAAGUUGUUGAUGAUCUUGAAGUGGUAACUCAUAUUUAUUGUGGACUUGUAAUGAAUAUAUAUAUGUAUGCUUUUUAUUUUUAUUUAGUUUAAUUAUGGGUGAUUCAAUUGGGCCGAAUUUUGAUAUAUGUAGGGCCUUUUUUUACUAUGAACGAUUGGGCUGGCAUGUUUAGUUAUAUGGACUAUCAUUUCAAUCUCAUUAAAUUUUAAAUGGAGGCUUUGUUACAUAGGACUUGUGUUAUUAGUAUUGAUUUUUCUAUAUAUUUCAAAUAAAUUAUAGUGUUUUUAUAUAUUUUGAAUAUGUAUUAAUUUUUUUUCCUGAAAUAAAUUUGUAAAUUUAUAUAAUAUUUUUUUUGUAUUUUUAAAUAUUUCAUUGAAUGUCUGUAGGCUUUCUAUAGUUUUUUAAUUUGUUAAAAUAAAUAAAAAAUUCAGAAAAUGUGAAAACCGCAACAAAAUCAAGUAGUUGUAGAGCGGUAUGAGAUGAGAUGAGAAAUUGUGUGUGAUGUGAGGCGCGUAACCAGUAACCACCACCGCCGCCUUAAAGGCGGCCGAGCCACUACGGCAGCUGUUAGUUAGCUAAAGUCAUGGACAAAUCACGUGCGAUAGGCGGUGAGCUAAUUUUCUCGAUUCUAGAGAGAGAAAGAGAAAUAGAGAGAGAGAGAGAGAGAGAGAGAGGCGGUGUUGCUGUUAGGUUUUAGCUUUUAGGUAAGUGGUAGGAAAAAGGGAGGAGGUGUGGGGGUGGGUGGUGGCCUGGUGGGUGGUGGAUAGGGUGGCGUGCGGUGGUGGUGGUAAUAGUAGUGGGGUUCACAGAAGGCGCAUGCUAGCAUCAUCAAUCACCACCUCCACCUCAUCAUCACCACCCACC